CAUUCAGAGACUUGUCCCGAAGCCAUUCCUGCAUUGUCUUGGCUGUGUGCUAAGUGUCAUGGUCCUGUUGGAAGGACAACCUUUCCAAAGGCACUAAUAGACGUGGGUGUUUUAUUCAAAUUAUUCAAAUAAUUUGCCAUGUACAAACACACACAUAACUGCUACUGCCUUAUGGACAGCCAGAGAGGAAAAACAACUUUCAGAAGAACGGUAAUAAUUAGGUUAUAUGAGGGGGCUUAAGAAAGCAGAAAGGCAAUAAUGGAUUAUUGGAAGCUUAGAUUGAAUUAGAGGCACACUUCUUGCCAAUUAUCCUAACAACACUCCAGAGCCAAAUGGCUCAUUAACUGUGCGGCAGCCAUUAGUGGAGGAGAGGAUAUUAGAUCUCAAGCGUCUGUUUACACCGGCAGCACAACUCUGCUACAACCGCUCUCUCCCUCGCAAGUCUGCGUAUCCACACACCAGCUCCUUGACUGUUUGCCUCCGUAUUUACACCAUUAGGGCUGAAUAUUUCGGUUCUCAUAGUUCUACUGCUUGAGAGAGGGGUGUGGCAGGCUGUUUCGCCCUCCCUGCCUCAAUCUGAAGCAGAGAUAGUGUACAGCAAGGCAGAGAGGAGCUAGCUAAGCCCUUAGAAGGACAGCUAGAGGACUUGGAGAGGAGCCUCCCCUCCCAGAGCACAGCGGGAGACUGACACAUCCACAACAGCAACCAGUUCCCUGGAGCCCCCGAGGACCAGCCCACGGCACACACAGGAUAACGGCACUUCACACGUCAGCCUCAGUCAGCCAGCAAGCCAUUCGGUCAGUGGGAUCUCAUGGCCUGAACCAGGCGGGAGGAGAGCGAGUAGCCAGCAGCCCAGGGAGGACUUCUCUUCCAUCAGGAGGCCGGGAGGAUGCAGCCAGUGGCCCUGGUCUAUGCAGCUCUGAUGGUGGUCUCCAGUCUGUGCUGUGUGUGUGGUAAUGUGGUUCUACUACUGGUGGUUCUUCUCAACAAGGAGCUCCACACUGAAACCUGGGCCCUGACCCUGAGCUUCUGCCUGAGUGACCUGGCCCUGGGUCUCUCCACCAUCCCCUUCGGAGCUUACAACAGCCUGCUCAGGCCGCAGGGCUACCCCAGCGACGGGCACCUCUGCCAGGGCAGCGCCUUCCUCUACCUGCUUCUUCAGCUGGCCUCCAUCCACUCCCUGACCUGGGCCACCAUUGACAAGUUCACAGAGAUCUGCUUCGCCCUGAGCUACACCACCAUCUGCACGGCCAAGAGGACCAGGGUGGUACUGGUCCUGGUGUGGCUCUAUGGCCUGAUCAACGCAGCCUUGCCACUGCUGGGCUUCGGCAGCUACACCUACAGCAGCACCAGGUUCCUGUGUGGCCCCAGCUUCCAGCCAGACUACAGGGGCUUCAGUAUGCUCUUCAUCGUGGUUGGGAUCAUAGCACCGAUACUCAUCAUGUGCUCCAUGUAUGCAUACAUUGUGUAUAUUGCGAGGAAGCAGGUGCAGCGAGGGACGUUUGUUUGCAACGACCAGCACUGUUUUUAUGUUCCUGCUAAUAACUACUUCAGGAGCUCCAUAGUGAUGGUGGCAACUGUGGUGUGCCUGCUGGUGUGCUGGCUGCCUUACAUCACCACCUGUUUCUAUGAGACGUUCAGUGGCCAUGACCCGCCAGCAGCAGCCUCAGCCAUAGCCACCUGGCUCGUCCUCUUCACCUCCACACUCAACCCAUGGAUCAACUCCAUGACGCAGACGCGGUACAGAGCGGCUCUGCGGAAAAGCCUGAAUAAAAUACGACAGCUGCUUCAGCGCCCUCUGAAGAACUCCCACCCACAGAGCACCGCCAUCCAACUGGAGAUAGUGAGCCACCACCACAUCACCAAGCCAUCACUCUGGUCAGAUAACUCCAAGCCAGGGUCACCAGAGACUAGAUCCAUGUCAGAGGUGACAAUGUAGGAUAGUAAAGACCCUGGGCACAGUAAGGACAUUACACUGGACCAGGACUCCGUCACUGUGGAGUCAUCUUUUAAAAUAACUACAGACUAACCACAUAAUUGAUUUUAUGGAUCCCAGGACUCCCUGGAAAACAGUGGCAAUUGUUGCUGACUGGACUACCUGGCUAAAUAAAUACAAAUUAAUGAAUUAAAUGAAAGGUUGGGACUAAUCAACAAAGGAGGACUAUACCAAGGCUCAUUGUGCCGAGAAGAGGCAACCAUCUCCCGUUUGAAGAAUGUGAGGUCAUUGUGGUCUUUAGUGGCCAUACACCAAGACCGCCAUAGCUAUCCUAUAUUUUCAGUUUCUGAUGAAAAAAGUUUGAACUACAAUGUUAAACUUCAAUAUUUGAAUUACACUGGAGACUGUGCUAAACUGUUUACAGACAAACAACACUGUCUGUCAGAGAGGAAUAGUCAAUCCGUUUUCAGUCAGUAAAUAAAUAUUCAUCAAAACAAAUAAUACUGAUUCAUAUAAUGUCAAAUAUGUUCUUCCUUAAUGAAUAUACCCUGGGCAACACUGACAGUCUACAAUAAUGUACAUGUAGCUACCAGAUUAAAUCUACCAGAUUAGCAUAACAGGAAAUACUGGGUUAGAGUGAACGUGAUCAUCUCAAUGACAUUUCAGAACCAUCUUGUGCUAGCUAAUGUUGGUAUGCUUUAUAAAAAGAGGCCAUAGUGGUUUCAUAUACGAGCACACCAUCUGGUGGCAUAGUGAUGCAACUCUAGCCAUUACCUCUGGUCAGUCCAGAAGUAGAAUAUCAUAGUAAUAGAAUAGCUAGUAUGCCCUCUGGUGGUGCAAUUAAAUUAUCUAAAUCUUUGGCACGUGGAACGUUUACAUUUGUACAUUUACAUUUGAGUCAUUUAGCAGAUGCUCUUGGCAAACAUGGCUCUGUGGGUUGCCUAAUCUCAGAUUACUGUGAUAUAAAACGACUACUCAGCAUCCUUUCCUUUCGCUCCUGAUCACAACUGAACGCAAAACAUGGCACUUGACACAAGUAGCUUAGUGAUCACAA